CUGUACCAAGAGCAGCUGAGUCUUCGUCUCUGGCGAGGGUAGGCAGGGUUUACAUGGGCUGUACAACCUAAUCAAGUUACAGCAUGACACUCAUGUAUGAAAUAACAAUAUAUUGCCCUUGUAUAACAUCAUGUAUUUCAAAAACAAUUGUACGACACGCAAUAUUGCCAAACAGCCAAUGCAAGUAGGAAACGGGGCCAUUCGACCCGCCAUCAGUCUUAUUUCCGUCAUCGCUAAAAACCUCGCGGGCAUUAACUGUAUCAUACAAGAGAAGAGAUAUAAAAAAACGAAGAAGAAAUAAAACAGUCUUCUCAUAGCUUUGCCACCCGUAAGAGGUCGCGCUUUAUGCUUCGGCCGCCCUUUUGAUAUUUCUGGGCCGGAGCAGUCCUUAAGCACGCUUCGCUUUAACCAAAUGCGCCAACACCAUCUGAACAGAAAAAGAGAUAAGAAGAAACCGAACUUCUAGU